AUGUGCGCCGCUGCCGAUCCCGCUGCUAUAGGACCUGUCACUCCUCGCAUGAAGCAGCAGCCGCUGGCUGGCGCUCAACAGCCCGGCGGGCGCGCCGGCUGGCGACAGCGAGGGCGCGAGGCAGCACAGCAGGUCGACGAGGGUGUGCGUCGCGCCGAAGACCUCGUCGUAGCGGGUCACGGCACCCUUUGCCCGGGUUUGGUGCGGAAGCGAAGGGGACUGAGGUUGGCCGGCCGUGGCGGGGGCAGCGUCAGGACGGGGGUUACGCAGCUUCGUGAGGAACUGGUACAGGUCGAGCUGAAGGACGGUGAGCCUGUGCAAGAUCUGUUCGUGGCGCUCUUCGGGAAGGGCCCAGGUAGGAGGAGGGACCUCGUUGAUGUCAUUGUCGGUGGCAUCGGUCAUGCACAAGUUGGAUGA